AUGGGGGUGCUAGCCGCACCCUUCCGGUCUGAAUGGCACCGAUCAAGUACUUCUGUCGUCGACAUCCUACGCACGGCUCUGUUGCCGGUCGUCCUGUGGGCAGCGGCCGUCAACGCGGUGCUGCUGACGGUGCAGCAGGCCAUGGCAACGCAGACAUCGGCGGUCAUGCAGACGCAGGGCUGGUCGUUUGCUAUGAGAGGCAUCGGACCGGCCGUGGUCCUGGGUGGUGCCGGUGUUGCUGCGGCCGCGCUGGCUGGGCCAUUUGGCGGCGUCUUUUCGCUGGCCGUCACGCGACAUCUCCGAACCCAACAGGUGCGUCACCGCGAAGCUGAGCACAACCUCCCGCUGAUGGUGCUGCCCUUUGUGCUGUCCAUUGCCGGCUGCUUCCUGUUUGGCGCUGCGGCCGAGAGCGGGAUGCACUGGGGCGUGCUCGUGGUGGCGGCUCAACUGACCGCACUGGGGCUUCUGUUGGCACUGGCCGCGCUGGCCGUGCUCCUGAUCGAGAGCUUCCCCGACUGGGCCGGCGCCUGUCUAGCCCACGCAGCCGGCGGACUGCGGUUGUUGGCUGCGGCCUUGCUCCUGCGCGGCGACGUGGCUGCGCACUUGGUGGCCACGCACGGCUUCCUCAACGCCUGGGCCCUGUACGCUGAGGUGCUGAUCGUGGCCAGUCUGGGGGUGCCGGCACUCUUCUUUGGGGGACGGCAGCUGCGGACGUGGGCUGCAGGCACCAUUCCAGGCAACGUGCUGGAGGAGGAUAGUGAUUUGGACGAUGACGGGAAAAUGACGGGAUCACUUCAGAAAACCGGCCGAACCCCGUCACCAGCAUCGUCGACUUCGUCAGCAGAAUCACAGGCUCGUUUACCAGAAGGCGUCAACGCAGGCAGAGCCAUAUAA